AGGACACCAUACUGAUUCGUUCGGCCACGAAAGGCGCUUAUUUCAAUAUCCUCGUUGAUGAUACGGCAGAUUGUCCGCCUUGCAUCCCAGGAGUCGAAGGAAGUCGGCGGAUCGUCUGGAUCCCUGGUUUGUUGAUUUUAAGUUACCAUAAAAAGUAUCAUGGCGUCUAGGAGCCAUGUGGACAACACAGUGAACGAACGGCGUUUGCGGCCGAUUUACGACUGGUUGGACAAUGGGAACAAUAAGAAAGCCCUCCAAGAGGCAGAUAAGGUGCUUAGAAAGCAACCAGGUAAUCAGUGUGCCAGGGUGCUCAAAGCCUUGGCCUUGCUGCGACUGGGCAAGCAGGAUGAGUGCCAAGUUAUUAUGGAUAAAGUACGGUCUGAGGUGCCCUGUGAGGAUUCUACUUUGCAGGCAAUGAGUAUUUGCUACAGAGAGACACUUCAGCCCGACAAAAUUAGCGAAGUUUAUGAAGCUGCUGCAAAAGCUGAUCCACAUAAUGAGGAGCUUCUGACGCAUCUUUUCAUGUCGUAUGUUCGCCUUGGUGAUUAUAAGAAACAGCAACAAACUGCCAUAGCCUUGUAUAAAGUAAAACCUAAGAAUCCGUAUUACUUCUGGGCUGUUAUGAGUAUAGUGAUGCAGGCUACUCAUUCAGAUGAGAAGCUGGCAAAAGGGGUUACGUUGCCUUUGGCAGAGAGAAUGGUCCUAAAGUUAGUAAAGGAAGGCAAAAUGGAAGCUGAACAAGAGGUGCAGCUUUACUUAAUGAUUUUAGAGCUGCAAGACAAAAAUGAAGAGAUAUUAAACGUAUUGUCUAGUCCUUUAGCUUCGCAUCUUUCAUACGUGCCACAACGAAAGGCGACACUUUAGAAAUUAGAACGUUUCCCUGAAGCUGCUGAAGCAUAUCAAGAACUUAUUAGAAAAAACACUGAUAAUUGGGCGUUUUAUCAAAAUUACCUUUCGAUGGCCUUAAACUUUUCACAACCGACAGAAUGCUUGGAUUUCCUUAACAAUAUUAUUAAUAUGUCCGAAAACAAAAUUCGCGCGCCUUACUUGGCACGCUUGGAAUUACUGAAACGUACCUGUACUGACAAAGAUGCACAGUACAGCUUGCAAUCUGUGGAUCUUAUGCAUCAAUAUUUUUCACAAUUUGGAGAAAAAGGCUGUGUAGUUAGUGACUUGCGAUUAUAUUUAAGUAUACUCACACCUAAGAGCAAAGCGGAGUUACUCGAAAGGAUCGAAAAAGACAUUAGUGUCGCGCCAGACGAGUUUCCAACUACCGUACAACAGUUGCAAAAGUAUAUCCACUUAGAACAGUUGCGACGUAUUUGCGGUUUCCACCAUCCUCCUUUAGCAGACAGAAAUAAACAGGAAAAACUGAUAAAGCGACUGUGCGAUUUGUACGAAAAGGGCAACGAACUCUGUCCGGUGCAAGAACGAUUGCCGACCAAUUUCUGUCCGGCGGAUUCGUACAUUUUAUUAGCUUCGCAUCUGCUGCAUCAAUUAUGGGUUGACACUAAUGACGCGUCUUUCCUUUAUAGGGCAAUGUCGUUGUUGGAACGUAGUCUCCUAUCGAGUCCUGCAAAUUUUCACGUAAAAAUUCUGCUCGUGCGGAUAUACUUGGAGGUCGGUUUAGUGGUUGCGGCCGAUCGUGCGUUUACACUACUCGACGUUAAGCACCUGCAACUAGACUCACUGGGUCAUCUUCAUGUACCUCUACUCGCACCUCUCGGUGACUUAUCGUUGGCCUCGACGACUCUUGAUCAUACAGCGAAAUUUUUCAUAGCCAACUAUAAAGAUAGUGCGGACCACUUAACGUUUGCAUACAAAUACGGAAGUUUUGUAAAGAUACAGGAAUUUGUAGAUUUGAGAGAACGCCUAGAAAAUUCGUUUCACUUCGCUACGACGACUGUAGAUAAAAUGCUGCUCGAUUUGUGUUGGUGCGACAGUACUUCCUCUUUCUUUUCUAGUUUGAAUAGUAUGCACAUUCAACCUAAUAAAGAUUCGGUUAGAUGGGAUUCUCUGCGAGACAAUCGUGAUUUGGAGGUUGUUUAUGGGUGGGAGCCAUUUAACCAGAGCGAGGGGGAUCCAAGAAUGCGAAAGGAGACACGUUUAUCCAUGCUAAGACUGCUCGGGGCAAGAAGUCUCAUGUUGCGCAUCUUGAUAGCAAGUGCUGAGCCAGACUCUUCUAUCCUGUUCUCUCAAUUAUUCGCCGAGCUUAAACAAUUAGACGACGAACAUAUUCCGCAUAUUCUACAAAAGUUCGAUGCGGACGGAAAACAAAACAACAGACCAUGCAAUAUCUUGGUUCCACUGGAUGCCGUAGAAAGAUUACGAGAAGCUCAUCACUCCGAACAGCUGAGGACCAUAGCGCGCCUUGCAAAAUCACUGUCUCAUUCGCCUUAUCCAGACUCGGAUUGCAUACAAAUGCUGCGGGCGUCACCUUGCUUGCAGACUUUACCUGUUCCCGAACAAGACAGGCCGGUAUCCUUCAAAAAUUUCUUACUCAGAGCCGCAACUUGCGGCGAAUCUUUAGCGAUCAUUAGCGCUGUAUGCAGUAGCACAUAUACAAUACAAUCGAAACCACAUACUGCGCAAAAGAAGAAUAAAAAAAAAUGCAACAAAAAAAUCGAAUCUGACAUGAUAAAUGAAACUAGUGAAUCUAAGACUUGGAGGGAAGUAGCUACAUUACUAUCGGAGAGAAUCCGAGAUUUAGAUGCGGUUUUAACAGAAUUUGAAAAAUAUGAGUUGUACACAGGAUUAGACGAGAAAGACGAGAUAUGCGCUAGCAUCGCGAAACGCGGCCAAGCGAGUCUCAGACAAAGUUCCAGAGCCCUUAAAUCUCGUGCCCAGCUUACAUUAAGGUUUCUAAGUAAUUUGAAGAGCUAAAACCACUCGACAAUAUUUGUACAAAGAGGAUCUAUCCGUCUACUUAAUAAUUUUCAAGAACGAUUCAAGGAUGAUUCUGUACAUAAUUCUUAGUCUUAAUCAAUUAUAAAUAUUGUAUGAAUGGUUUAAUGCCGAUUGAGAUACCUCUGAGACUAUCUUCAUUUGUGAAAAAUAUCGCGCGAUCAUGUACACUAUCAUAUAAUCUGUUCACAUGUUUGCAAUUAAUAUAUUGAGUGCCACGCUGCAUUUGGAAUCUUAUUAAGUUACAAAAUAAGAUCAUAUAGAUCCUAUUUUGUAACUUUUAACGGCAGUGUUAAAAGUUACAGAAUAGCUCUACAAAUUCGAAUUUUCUAGCUAUCAUGUGUUGUCAUGUACAGAAUCAAAUUAUUCGAUAUAUUAUCAAUUGCAUGAGUAUCUGAUUAAACAAAACACUUAGUAAAAUAAUUUUUAAUUGAAUAAAUAUAACCGUCAUCCGUAAAUUGGUGAUAAGGUUUCUGCAGAAACUCGCACCCUAUUCAAAUAUGAAAGUGUGACACUCAAUGUGUUAAUAAAACAAAUGCCAUAUUCUUUAAAUAAAACGUAUGAAGGCUGUAAAGUUCAAACUAUCGUGGAGUUUACUCUCGAAGUUUCGUACGCCUAAAGGUGUUUAAAAUACGCGACUGGCUAAUCGAUUUAAAGAUAGUUUUAUCUCAUAUAUUUUUAGUUUUGAGCUUCUUUCCUCUCUUUUUACUAUUAAAA